AUCGGAACUCUGAUCCCAAGUCAAAGAUUAUGUUCAUGACAGAGACGAUUGCAGUAGACAAUUGUUGCGCUUCCUACCAUAUUUCCAUUCGUUUGAAAACGAAUUAAGAACACUGUGGGUCUUCUUGGAGCCUUGUUUUAAUGCGGGAAUACCCGUCAAGUGAUUUAUUUGCAUACCCCAAGUUCGAAAACACCAAGAUAACGCAAGAGUGAUGCAUACGCCGAUACAUCGAUCCGUCGAAACAGAAGCUACACAAACCUGGAAUUUUUUGUACAGAGACACAAAAGGUGUGACGUCUGCUGCAAAUUAUCAUAUCAGCACUGUAACAUUGAUUGCGAGCCCACAAGUCCUGAAAUUUCAGUAUGUUUGGUGGUCACGGUAGAGACAGAAAAGAUGGCAACAUGCAUCAAGGAAGGUCGCCAAGAAUGUCCGGAUAUGGAAGUAGACGUACAUCAAACGCCGCAACUCGCGCUGAGAUGAUCCAGGCCGGUCAGAGAAGUCGACCCCAACCCAUUCACGCGCCUCCGAGACAGCCCAUCAAUACCGUCCCCGACGAAAGCGAACCUAGUUAUAGUUACGAAGAGAAAAGCUUUUUGCCUCUCGAUGAAGAAGAUGCCAUCGACACCUUUCAUCGACAGAUUGGAAACUUCGUAGGGAGACCCGGGCGAGGAAGAAAUUUUGGUUCCUCGCUGUCUUCCGGGGCUUCGAAUACGACUUAUCAACCUUUUGGAGGAAGGUCGGACCGUGAAAGUAGCAGAGGUUUUUAUGGCGGUGACGCAAUCAAAGGCUCAUCUGUGCCAGAAAAGAAAUCGGACAACGACCAGGUUGGCAAGAGUAAAGGGGGUGGAGGAAAUAAGUUUUGGAGGACGACGAGCAGAGAAGCCGAUUCGGAUAAAAAUACUCGUACUCGUGAUCGAACUACCUUAGUUGGAAAUGGAUAUACUAAUGAAGCAGUCAAUGAUGGAGGUCGGAAAGAUGAGAGGAGCCAUUUCAAUAUGAUAGGCAAAUCAAGACAAUCAGGGGGGUUAUUUGCAUCGGCUAGAAAGCAUACAAAGCAAGCAGCAAAUCGCAAUGGCAAGGUAGAAAACCAUAAAUUACAACCCGGAGAACAAUUUUCACGGUCUAAUUCGUCGUCGAGUUUGAACAAUGGGGAAGCUCGAAGGAAAAGCAAAAAACUCGAUGAGGUGCGACGAUUGAAAGCAGAUGCGCAACAACAACGUGGGGAAGACGGUGCAGUGGUUGACAAUGGUUACUACCACGAAGUUCCAACCAUGGGAAUGCAGUUAAGCCCCAUCAAUCACAAUAGAAAUCAUAUUGAUAGCCAAAAGUUGGCUACUCAAAGUAACUUAAUGACUGCCUUGGAAGAAGAGAUGUCCGGUGAUAAUUGCACCACUGACAACAGUUACGAAUAUGACGGCUCGCAUACCUUUCUUCAUUCUAAAAUGGAGUCAACAGUUAAUGGUCUUCCUCAUGGCGAUAUAGCUACCACCACAUCACACAAGAAUGGUGAUACUCGAAAUCCUGCACAUGCAUCGUAUCAACGUGAACCUUUUCAACAGCAAAUUGCAUAUACGUCGCCAAUGUCAGCCACGGGUGCUGCAGUUGCAAAACUGUCUGCGUACCCAAUUCAUAACAAACCCAGUGUAGAUGUGGAUUCCAGAAAAAAUAACUCAUCAUCAUCGACCCAUCAAAUCUAUGACCCACCAAUAUCGGCUCUUUUACAGCAGCAGAAGGUUUUGCGUGGGGUGCCAGUGCACGUACAUGAUAAUGGCGACAAUAGGUCUACAACGAGUACGAUGAGCGAUUUGUCAGUUAAUGACAGCAGCACAAACCAUCGUCAACAGAUUCCGUCCAGUGCUUACGGAAACAUCAUGUUGGGAAGAAACAACCCGCAUCACCUCCACCAUCAGCAAGUACAUCAACAGCUACAACCAAUUUUCCGUCAGCACCUGCAACAUUAUCCACAUUUCUCGACCGGAAGUGCGGGUCCCACCUAUGGAACGUCGUAUCCUACCGCUCCUAUUCGUGCUGGAAUUUCUAGCUCGCAACCUUAUCCUAUUCCUCGAAAAUCUGAAUUGGAAGGUAGUAAAACCCUUGGAAAUAGCGACAGCGAUGAACACAAGCGAAGGAGCUCUACUGAAAACUCCCAACUGGGGAACAGAAUUGCAAUGCUGUUGUAUAAGUGCGAAGCUACAAGAUUUCCUUUCAAAAAAAAAUUGAUGCUGAAUCAGCUUCAAAUGACGGCGGCAGAUAUUCCCGUGAAGGAUUUAUACGGAACAGUGCUGGGUCAAUCAUUGUACAAAUUAUCUCUCUCGGGCAACCGGUUGUCUACUAUCCCUAGAAAAUUAGUGACCUGCCUACCUACCUUAAAGACGAUGGAUCUCUCUCAAUGCCAGUUACAUCAGUUGCCAGAGCAGUGGAAUUUGCCGAAACUAACACGGCUCGAUCUAUCACAUAAUCGUCUGACUGACUUUCCUGAAGAGGUACGUUUGAAAAGUGUGUUUUGUCGAAGCGUAAGGCUGGUACUUAUGCAGCUCUUGCAAUUGACUGUAUAUACUUCGUACUAUCUGUUGUGAUAGUCAAUCUUGUUCUUUUGUAUGAAAACCUUCCCUCGUUCUUUGAUCCAAACCAUUCGCUGUUUCAAUUUAUUUUCAUUUACUUAUUUCUCUGUCUUUGAAUCUUUCUCUUCUCGAAGACUAUGUUAGAAGGCCUCUUAGAAUUGCAGGAGCUGAAUAUGUUUGGGAACGAGGUUUCGAUGAUAAUGAUUCCCCACAAUCCUAAACUAUUAUCUCGUUUAGAGAUUUUGGAUUUGGGAUACAAUAAUUUGGCCCAAUUGCCAGAGGAACUGGAUCGACUCAGAUCGCUGAAAACACUGAAAGUGACGAAUAACUGUCUGGGGGAGAUUCCAAUGCGAGUCUGUAAUAUGGAGCUGAAGACAAUCGAUGUUUCAAAUAACCCUGUUCUUCAGCCACCUAUCGAAACAUGUGAACGUGGCAUUGCUAGUAUGAAACGAUACUACCAGUGCCUUAGUAGAGAAGAGCAAUCAAAACUAGAAGCUUUGCAAUCGAAGACACGAUAUUCUAAAAACAAGACAAAGCUGAAAACACCUCGUGGAGCAUCGAGUCGAAGGAGACACGGAGGUUCGGGACGGAGACACUUGGAUGAUAGUUCGCAGUCGACAGCAUCGAAAUCGAGGUCACAAAAAUCACAGUCCUCUGUAUCUUACAAUGAUAGACGAACGCAUACAUCGGAUGGCAAGGCUUCUGCUGAGAGUCGUACCUCAACUGUCCAUGAAUCAUCAUCUAUCGCCUCGUCAAAACAAUCACGUGUAACAGAACUCCAAAAUAAGACGUCACUGGUAACUUCGACACCCCCACCUGAUAAUUCCGUGGAUGCCAAGUCAGCACUGGGGCCGACUUUGUCAAGCAAUAGUUAUAUCGAACAUGAUGAAGUUACUAUAAACAAAACCUUGAAGGUUAUUUUUGUGGGUAUGGCUAUGGCCGGAAAAACAUCUAUGAUCAAACGACUUAUUGAAGGCGAAGAUGCUGUCAUUCCAAAGCGAGACGAAAGGACAAUCGGUGUUGAUAUCUAUGAUUGGGACCCUGCAAUUGAUAGGCGUUAUGAACACAUCGAUAACCGGAUUCUAUUGCAAGAUAAAAAAUUAGAGGAGCUCUGUCCAAAUGCCAACGUGAGAUUCAGCGUUUGGGAUUUUGCCGGACAGCAUGUCUAUCAUGCUACCCAUGAACUGUUUUUUUCACCUCGUGCGUUAUACGUUGUGGUAUGGGAUAUGGGGGCAAACAACCAUGCAAUAGAAAAAAGAGGUAAACCUUUAAACAACAAUGCAGAUGGUGACCACGUCACAGCCGGGUCAUGUAGCGAUUCUGACGAUGAGUCCGAGUCAGAAAAGGCGCGAAGAGCAGAUAGAGCCCUUGAAAGAGAUAUAGACGAAAAAGUCCAGUUCUGGGUAGAUUGUAUACAAUCGAGCGUGCCAGGGGCUGCAAUUCUACCUGUUGCUACUUUCGAUGAUCUUUUUGACAAUAGUGAUCAUGACGAAGCCAAACGUAGGUGCAAUAUACUGAAGGAACGCCUUGAGAAACACGAGGAACGACGCAUUAAGGGCAUUACGGAUCGUCUCAAGGAAUACAUGGAUGCUAAUGGAGCAAACGAUGCGCCUGCUUUGCGUUUGCGUAAGCUGCUUGGAUCAUAUGCUCGACCGAAGAUCAUUUUUGGUGACAACGGAGAAGAUAGUAUCGUUAGGGUUAGCGGAACCAAAUACACCGGAUUCGCAAAAUUGACCGAGAAAAUCAACAACAUUGCAACCGGUCGAGAAACACUGAAAUCUGAAUAUCCACUUUUCCGCGGACACGUCGGUGCGCGUAUUCCUCGUUUAAGGUUAAAAGUUCUAGAUGUUGUUCGAGAAACGAGAGCUAAAUUCAAGGUGGUACAAUGGGAUUAUUUUUUCCGACAAAUACAAAAGAAGGGAAAUAUAGACGCCGAUCAUGUCAGCGAUGCACUUCAUUUCUUAACCAAUAUUGGCGAGCUAUCAUAUUUUGGCGAUGCGGUGUCAGAGAACCCUCGAGAUAAUGGUGUUAUGAAAAGCGAAACUUUCUGUGGAGGUCCGGUACCUUGCGGUCAGGAUAUUGAUGAUGGUGCCAUUGAUGAUGGUGACACUAUCUCCAUUAUCCCCUCGGAUAAAAGCAAAAAUGAUUCUCCACUUUCAAAUCAAAGCGGUGACGCUCUUUCGAGUGGUAACUAUCAAACUUCAGCAAGCCUGGCCCAGUUUGUAUUUCUAAAUCCAAAGUGGCUCGUGAAGGCAGUUGCUUGCAUUCUAUGCCAUAAUCUUGAUCAAAAGAUCGAAGAAACAAGGAGGUCUUUGUCGAUGAAACAGGAAAUUAUAACACGUCCUAAUAGUUUUAAUGAAGCACAUAUGACUUGUCCAGUCAUUACGUCGAACGAUGUUUGCAUGCUAUGGCAGGCUCAAAAAUCCACAAGAGAAGCAGCAGAACGCUUAGAAGAUGAAUCAGCUGGCAUAAAAUUGAAGCCAUUUCAAUUCUUACAAUUACUUUUGGUACGAUUCAGAGUUUUCAUCCCUAUCGAUCUUGGGAUCGAGAAGGCAAUCUUGGGGAGAAUAGAUUAUUCACAGAAAUCGAACAAGGCAGCACAGACGACACCAGAAGCGAUUACUCGGGGAGCAAUAAGUUCUCCCGGUAACCAGAGCGCGAAAGACGUAUGGCAGUCAACUUAUUUCUUUUUGCCUAGUUUGCUUGGUCCAGGAGAACCAACUGAAGAGACGUGGACUUACAAGAGCUCAGACUCCUGGAUAGCAACUUUAUGCCAUUCUGUUAUGUUCCCGGAUGGAGUUCCUCCUGGACUGAUGGAACGGUUCACGGCCACCGUCUUGAGCAAGUUGUACAUCAUGGCUCAGAAAAAAGUACCUGAUACCGUUGAAUAUUCGCUCAAUGCGAUCUCGAACGGAAGAAAAAACUCACAUUCCUCCGCAGGAAAUAUUUUGGUGAAAGAAGUUCUCUGUUGGCGCAAUGCGUUUCUCGUGAAACUAGGCAUGCAGGUCCUUUCGCCGACAGGGGAGCCAAGGGUAAGCAAUGUUGAAAUAUUUACUGCACUUGUGGACAAAGAUUCAAAUUAUUGUGUCGGAUCCGAGCAGAUGUCUGUCGGGUCGAGGCGUCUCAUAACAAGUGGUAAAGGUCAAGUAGGAGACGGAGGCAAAAAGAUUUGGUCCGGUGGCUACUUUAAUGUGCUUGAAACACUCUUUGAUGUGAUGGAAGAAUAUGGUGGUUUAGAAUUUCAAAAGCAGGCCUUCUGUCCAGAAUGCUUGGUGACGAAGAGCGUGAGUCAAGCUAGUUGCUGGGGUGCUAGUGUAGUCCAAAGGGCAGUACAGGAAGGGGAUACCAUGAUUCGAUGUCGCCAUGGCCACAAGGUGGAUCUACGAUUGAUAUGCCCCUUUGCCUCUAAGAAUUACAAGAGUGACAAAUACGACAACUCGAAGGUCCAAGGAGAAAUACAACCAGAUACUUUUCCGACUGAUGCUUUAUUCAAGAGCGUUGUGGUGGUAGGAUUGUGGGACGGAAGCAAGAGAGGAAAAAUUGUCCGAGUAGGAUCUGGUUUCAUCGCCGACAAGAAACUCGGUUUGGUCGUAACAGCAAGUCACACUUUGAUGAAUAUUUCUGGCGAGGAAAACACGCCGUUUGGUGAAAAUUACUUCGGAAUGCGACAAGGAAAGGUUGUAAUAGGCGUCAUUCCCCGCCAGAGAGAAACGGAGGAUUCUGGAGAAGCUGUCUUUCGAUAUUUUGCCAAGAUAGUAGCUAAAGAUCCCGAAAUCGAAAACGGCAUUUGCCGGGUGGAUGCAUGUGUUCUUUGCAUCACAACGAGGAUGGAAGCUGAUGUUGGAGGAACUGGGGAAGGCUGCGGAGAUCAAAUUGAACAUAUUCUGGUGAACAACAAAGAGGCUUUAAAGAAAGAAAAGUUGAAGUCUCUGAAAGUAACAACUGAUUGCUAUUAUGAUGAAAUAGUGAGGAUAAUCGGGUACAACCAAGGAGGAGGAGGCUUGAUGGGUCCUGGUGUGAAAUUGAAUCGACAUAUCGAUUUCGCGAGGGGGUAUACUUGCAGCAAACAUGAAUUAUCUGAUGACGGUAAUGAUGAUCGUCGUUACAAACCACGGAAAGAAAUCGUCGUCAAUUGUGCCACAUUUGUUGGUCACAGUGGUGGUCCUUGUGUGAAUCUACAAGGAGAAGUAAUUGGAAUUUUGAGUCGAGGGGAUCCAGCUGAUAAUCGACGAUGCUACCUUGUACCCACAGGAGAGUGGCUGCCCCUUCUUAAGAAAAGCCAGAAGGAUUAUUUCGUCAAACCAAGGAAGUAACUCAAUUCAUAAAAAAUCUAGACCACUCUGACAGAAGUUGCGUCACACAAAUGCCAUGUUGGAUACAUAAAAUGAUUUUUCACGU